AUGAAAAAUAAGCAGGUAAUUGAUGCAACUGAUUGUUCAGCACUUCAGUUGAUAACAAAAACAAGCAGUAAUAGAGUUGCAGCAUGGCGUGCUCAACGAAAUGCAAGGGAAAGUGAAGCAUCACGCUUAAUGCGGUUGGAUAGAGAAAGUGAUGCAAGAACUGCACAAAGAAAAAAGCGUCGUCGACUAACAUCAAUAACAGAACAUUGUAGCUCUUUUGAAAAUAAUACUGAUAAUAACAAAAAUGAAACAGGUAAUAAAGAAAUGAAUGAAGUUCGGGAAAAAACUGUAGGCAAACUGGAUAAUCAAUCAAGACAAAAGAAUAAAUUACGAAAGGUUCAAAGCUUAGAAGAAAGACAAGAACAACGUAAAACGACAUUGUAUUAUGAAGUGUUUUAUAGACUUUCUGAUUGGUGUAGUCGAGAGUUGCUAGUAGGAAUUGAUUUUUCAGUUUAUUGAAAUAAAAAAUACAAAAAUAACGAUUGUAUUUAUAUACAGGUAAAUGAAAAAAUGGCUAACAUUGGAUCAGAUUAUGGAAAAAAAACAUCCAAAUACCGUUCGACAAGUUCGAAGUUUGGUUGAACGAGAAGCAAAAUUUAAGAAUAACUUGAAUUACGAAGUAUUUACUAUGUCAAUUCAACGAUGUAAUCGAAAUUUAGUAGAAACUGAAGGUAAUCGGUUAAUAAGAGUAGAAAAACAAGCUGAAAUUAAAGGUGAAUACAAGAUUAAUUAAAGAUCGAUUAGAAACUCUU